AUGCUGAUCGGAAGCUCCGAAAUGGGAGACGCUCGGAAGGCCUACCCUUCUCAGGUGAUUAAUCUAGGGUCAACUCUGGAAGGUCUUCAGGGGAACCAGCAGCGCCUCCUGCUCGAUACAAUUGUCGUGUGUGGAGAUCAGUCCGCUGGAAAGAGCUCCGUGCUGGAAGCUUUAACCGAGAUUCCCUUCCCUAGAAGUGAGAAUCUUUGCACAAGAUUUGCUACCGAGAUAAGCCUCCGCCGUGAGGCCCAAGAAAAGAUCACCGUCAAGAUUGUACCUUCCUGCAUGCGUAGCAAGCAAGAGCAGGUUGCUAUCAGGGCAUUUUCCGAAUCUAUCACUAGCCUCGGCGAUUUGCCGAGAAUUAUGGAUGCUGCAAUGAACAUUAUGGGCAUUAGUUUAUCAAGCAAUACACCAUCUAUUAGCGCUUUUGCCUCGGACACGCUUAGUAUCGAGAUCGAUGGCCCGAAUCGUCCACAACUUACCCUGGUCGACAUUCCGGGCCUUAUUCAGGCUUCUACAAAGGGUGUUUCUGAAAAAGACGUCGCGACAGUCAAGGAAAUUACAGACCGCUAUAUUUCCCAGCAUCAUGUCUUCUUCGAGCUUGGAUGGCAUGUCGUCAAAAACCGAAUGUUUAGCGAGCAAGAUUUCUCGUUUGAGGAGCGGAAUACUUCGGAGAUGAACUUCUUCUGUGCCUCGAAUUUUAGGAGUCUGCCCAAAGAAAUGCUUGGCAUAGACACCCUGCGUGUUCGGCUUAGCCAUCUCCUCUUCAAUCACGUUAAGAACGAGCUACCACGGCUGAUGGGUGAUUUGGACGUGGCUUUAGAAUCAUCCAAGCGUGAUAUGGAGCCUUUCGGAAGCUCCAGAUCCACGGUUGCGGAGUGUCGACAAUACCUAGCGCAAUUAAGCAUGGAUUGUCAUGAGGUCUGUAAGGCUGCUUCCAAAGGUCACUACGAACACGAGUAUUUCAAGACCAAAGAUGGCGGAGAAUUUAUUUUUAGCAAAAAGAGCACCAUUGCUCGGCUUCGCGCAACCGUCCAACACUGGAACAACAAAUUUUCAGAAGAUAUCCGGACUAAAGGGCACAAAUACCAGAUUUCUAGAGUCGCUCCUGGGGAAUUGGAUCCCAUCGCCAUUACCGAGGAGGGUUCUGGAAAAUCCAAUAGUGGCCCAAAGAAAAUUUCAAAAGCCGAAGCUUACAGCUGGGUUAAGGGAGUAGUGUUACGCUCACGGGGAACGGAGUUGUUUGGCAGCUUUAAUCCUCACGUUAUCGCAAAGCUUUUCUGGGAACAAUCGCAGCCAUGGGGUGAAUUGGCGAAUGCUUACGCCGAUCUGAUCUGUGAUAUUUGUGAGAAUUUUCUCUCAAAUCUUCUCGAGAAACAAGGCGCGAAGGAUAUUACGCCUCGCAUUUGGUCAUCCAUUAUCAAAAGUCGACUCCAGCAGCGCAAAGCGGCAGCCCACGAGGAACUGAGGAAGCUCCUUGAGGACCUCAAGGGGUUUCCUAUUAAUUACAAUCACUAUUACACUGACAAUCUCCACAAAAGUCGCCAAGAGAAGCUCAAAUCCCACUUCAAAGUCGGCAAGCCUGGUUAUUUAGAGCACCAUGCAAGUAUGAAUUGCAGUCGAAGAUUACAUUAUGAAAAGUUUGAUGUAGAUACGGUAGUUGGGAUGGUAUCCACAAUUUGCACCAAAGCCAAUGCCGACAUGGAAGAGUUUAGCUGCGAAGAGGCAAUAGAAUGUUUGUUGGCCAUUUACAAGAAGGUUUUUGUUGCGAAUGUUACCACACAGGUGAUCGAACGCCAAAUUCUUCGCGGCCUCGACCAUGUUUUCUCUCCCCCAGUUGUUGCGGGAAUGAGUGAUGCCGAGGUCAUGUCCAUUGCUAUCGAGGGCUCUACAGUACAAAAUCAGCGAAAAUUUCUAUUGGACCGUAUUUCCAAGCUUGAGGAGGGCCGCGGCAUUUUUCGAGCUACAGUGGGAACACUUAUAGUCCCGUUAUCUUCUGAAAUGCAAAAGCUUGUUAGCUUCAGCCACUUCAGCGCACCCCAACGCAAAUGUGACAUCCGUAUGCUUUUAAUCCAGUGGUGA